AUUCUACUUUUGUUGAAUCUCAAGAACCAAUGCUCUUAAAUACUAAAGAGUCUAAGCCGCGUGUUUCUGCUCAUUUCCUUCUCCCCUGCACCGAACAAGCCUUCAGCCAAGCCCAGCCACCACCACCUACUCUUCUUGGAAAAUUGAUCUGCUCUGUUCUCCUUGCCCCUGUCCGCGAGCUGCUCUUGCUAGUGAGAGUGCUUUCAGUUUUCUGUUCCCCUCCAAGAUCCCGCCAGCCUUCCCACCACCAGCUCCAAUUGUUUUGCUUGCUGAAUUUUCUGGUUCCUGAUUAUUCUAUCACCCUAGCUCUUGGAGCAAGUUUUCUGCUUUAUGCGAUUGAGGUAAGUAAAUUUAUGGUUAUGCCGUACAGUUUUUAAAAGCAUGUUUUGACUUGUUUUUGAAGUGGUGGCGGAACUAAACCCGUUUUAUACAAAAGUAAGUAUGAUUGAUUUGAAAUGAAAUUUUUAUGCUUUUCAUUAAAUUGAGCAUGCCUACUUGAAAUUUAAUUGAUUGUCCUGAUGAUCUGAAAGUGAUUGGUGAAUUAUGGUUUUUCUGUUAACUUCUACCUGUUUUGUCUCCGAUGUGGUCAUGUUAUUAGUGACCCUGCUAGUGGGGGAGUUUAUAAACGCUAGCACAUGUCGACAUAUUAGUGAUAGUACCAGUUCGUUCGAGUAACCCUGCUAGUGGGGGUUAUACACCAGCAAAUAGUGCGUCUGCCAGUGGGUGGUUUAUAACAUUGGCCAUGACCUAUAGAGGAGACGUCUAUUUCGUUUCCGUACUGUAUCCGUUUUUCGUGAUUACAUUUGUUGGCAUGCUAUAAGUUUAAUAAGGGGCACUCCAUAUUUUACUUACUGAGUUUAUCUCAUAGUUUUCCUUGUCCACCAUUUUAGGUAGUGAGACCCGAUGCAUGGGGAGUCCGGGAGAGUGACGAGCUAGACGGCUAAGCACUUUUGGACUUAGAUUUUUUUGUAGUUAGGCCAUUAGUCACCCAUGCUUGACUUAGAAAUUUUUGUGUACAGAACUUCUUUAAUUUUAGUCAUGAUCGUAUAUAUGAAGUUAUAAAUUUUGUACAUCUUG